AUGCCAUUUGGGCUUACUAAUGCCCCUGCCACAUUCCAAGCUGUUAUGAACAAAGUUUUCAAACCAUUUCUGAGGAAGUUUGUAUUGACUCAUCUAGCUUACCUGGGACACAUUAUCACUUCUGCUGGAGUUACUGCUGAUCCAGAAAAGAUCCCUGUUAUGCAAAAUUGGCCACAACCCACCAGCCUCAAGCAACUCAGAGGGUUCUUAGGCCUCACUGUCUACUACAGAAGGUUUAUUAAAGGCUAUGGCACCAUCAGCAAACCACUCACAGAUAUGGUCAAGAAGGAUAAAUUUCAGUGGUCCACAACUGCCUUACAAGCCUUUUUAGAGCUCAAAUAUGCCAUGAAUACAACACCAGUUUUGGCCCUGCCCAACUUGUCCAUUCCAUUUGUAUGGAGACAGAUGCUUGCUCUAGAGGAGUUGGUGUCAUUUUGA